CUAGGUGUUCAACUUUUAAUGGAAAUGCUCUUUGAAAGAUCAUCUUCAGGAAAUUCAGCAGAAAUUGCUGCUUGUGAGCGAGUCCAACAGAAAUCUGCAGUUACGCUGGCACGACUCAGCCGAGAUCCUGAAGUGGCAGAUGCAGCCGUAAAACUCAGCUGUAUACCUCGCCUAAUUAAACUUUGCAGAUCACCAACCGAAAGAAAUAACAGUGAUUCUGUUUUAGUGGCAUGUCUGGCAGCCUUACGGAGACUAGCAGUUAUGAGUCCUGAUGGACUUGAAGAUUCAGAUUUUCAGCAGCUAGUAAAGCCCAGACUUGUGGAUUCCUUUCUGCUAUGCACAAAUAUGGAAGAGAGCUUUGUAUAAAUGUGAGCCAAAAACCUUUGAAAAAUAAUCAAGAUGAUAGGUAUACAGUAAGAUAAUACAUAUACAAUUUUAUUUAGCUUUAGUUCUAUUGUUAUUUAUAACUUAUUUAUUUUAAAACCAUGAACAUGUGGUUUGUAGGAGCAAAGAAACAGAAUGAGCAAACUUGUUUCAGUGGUUUGCAAAGGUAA